AUGGCGCGCCCUUGUCGCGGAUUCAACAGGGCCCCCACCCGUUUAUCGUUACUAAUAGGAGGUUUCUCUUGUUUGUUUUUCUCUCUUUUUCUCCUCCCGGUUUCUGCAAUUAUGUUUGAUCUUCCACCUCAAACUCGUGAAUGUUUUUUCGUGAAGACGUCGAAGCAAGAAUCUGAUCUAACAGGAUCUUAUCAAUCUUUCUUCGGAGAUGGAAGCAUUCGAUUAACUGUCGAAGGCCCCGUCCCUGCACAUCGAGCAAAUGCUCAAAUGCCCCCGCUAACGCCUAUCUUCUCUUCUGUUGAAGAAGCAGCACAUAUACAGGCAGCU